UCUCGCCCUUUCUUUUUUAUUUUUUUCGUGUGACAGAAAAAGGAUUUAAUGUAAAAAUACGAGUGAUAAAAUCUAUUCGCCAGAUUCGUAAGUACGAAGCGACAUCGAAAGCGAUAUUUUCUCAAACUAUAAACUAUAUCUAGUCUUUGCGUUGAAACUUUUGUUUUUUUUUUCUUUGCCGAACGUAAUAAAGCGCAAAUGCCCAGUCGACACGAGGGUCGACCGAUGAGUGCAGCAUGCAAUCAUGAAUGCAACCGGUCUUGAUGCAGAACGUACUCUCCUCCACGCGACGUCAUAAUUGCAGCCGACCGCCGGACCAAUCGACGGCACCACGUCGGAGGAACGGAGACGAUCGCGACCAGGAACGGCCGCGAGAACUGAAGAACAGAAAAGGGGGAAGGAGAGGGAACGAGAGGGAAGGAGGGAAAGAAGAAGAGGGAGAGAGAAGAGGCGAGAGAGAGGAGAUAGGUGGAGCGAGCAGAAACACGAUUGGUCCCAUCCUCCCGGAGGAUAUCGUAGCCAUGGAAACUCUUGUCAGCAAAGAACACCGAAAUAUAAAUGGAAUGACCGGCGAUCUCCGACUUGCGCUUGAAGGAGAAGGGAAACGCGGUAUCACGAGGGAGGGGAGAUGAUGAUCUAUUCGAGAACAGAGAGAGAGAAAGAGACGGAGACAGAAACAGAAAGAGAGAGAGAGAGAGAGGGGUGGGAAGGGAGAUCGUGAUAUUAUUAAUGUCUGAUUGUCGGUCAGUGAGAGUGGUCUCCCGCGUGAAAAAAUGCUAGAAUAGCAGACAGAUGAUGCAACAUUGUCGCAGGACACCUUUUCUUUCGCCAACGAGAUGGUAUCCGCAUUCUUUGUUUUCAAUUCUUAACGGUGCUUCAUGAAUAAAGUAAUAUAAUCUUCGAAGAAAAAAACAAUUUUCAAACAGAAAAUAAAACUUGUACUGAAUAAUUAGAUCGAAAAAAGGAAAUUGAACCACAAGUGUAUGUUUAUUUAGUACUUUCGAGCCUCUAUUUCGCAGGAAAAAAAUGUGUCUGCUUAGAUCAUAGAUUUAACUACUGAUUUUUAUUACACGGUCAUACAUGAAAGAGCUUUUACUUGUUAUUUCAAAGUAUUUGAGAAUUGAUUCGAUGAACGUAAUUUUAGGAGCCCUCGAGGGAUCCGUCGAUCAACUAAUUAGCAAUUCAUUUAUAAUUACUAUUAAUUAAAGGCAAACUUAUCGUAAUGAUUGAUCGUUGGUCUACAAAUGUACAAGGGUGAGGGAAUCGUGAUUGCACACACAUAGUCCUCCCGCUCGCUUCUGCUCGUACGUUUUGAUUAUGAUAGCGUGGCAUCUUUCCAUUGACGGUGUACUACAAUACGAAGAAGCGACAAAAAAAUAUAACGGCCUCGCGGGUGCCGCCUUAUUUGGCCGCGUUCCUCGUCGAGGCGACGACGAGGCCGGCCGAGAAGCACGACGGUCGCGAGAUACGCGGAGCGAAUGCCUCGUGCCUCUCCUCGUCUCGCUUCCACCCGCGUGAUAUCCCGGCCACUUCCACAGUUCCACCGCCGCCGCCGCCGCCGCCGCCGUCGACGUCUCCCUCCCGGUGCACGCGACGCGGUCGCCGGGACUUGACGGAGCGAGCAACAAGUGUUACCAGCGCGCUGGCUUUCGCCCCGCCCCCAAAACGAGCCGGCCGAGCCGAGCGAAGGAUGUUAGGCCUCGUGGUGGAAACUGCCCCGAGGCGAUGCAACCACCUCACUCGAGCGCCGAUCGCGCGACAAGCGACCCGCCCGGAAACCCCGAGAGCUCUAACUCUCGGCGCGAAUUCACCGCGAGUUAAUAAUCGCGCGGACGCGAGCCCCGUUGCCCGGAGUUCUCCCGGUAUCGAUGUGUGAAAUGUCGGCGGAUUCGAGCACGCGGAAGAAUCUCUGAGAGGUGCGAAGUAGCCAUAGCCUGGCGGACCACCUGGACCUCCUGGCGGCUGGUGCGUGUUUAACGUUUACCCGAUAAAUCGUGGACUUCCCUCGUGGAAAAAACUCUUCCGCUUUCAGUUCUAAUUCUAGUGAUGUAACGUUACUUGAACGCGCCUCCUUUCGAGGGAUACGAGUACACGUUUAAAAACUGCAACGCUACAAGAAUUUCCGCUUAAACGUCAGUGUUCGUCGACGUGCACGUGCUGUCUGACUCGAGCGACUCGAGAAUUCGUCGAACCGAGGUGCAACGAUCUCCACGAGGAAGAAUAUAGUAAGAGGACCGACAGAUCGAGGAAAACUAUCGAUCGUGAUUUCGUUUCGCGCGAUACGCAGCUCCGAUCUCUCGGAGAAAGGGAACUCUCGAGAGACCGGACAAAGAAGAGCGGCGUAGAUAAGAAGCGACGGAGUUCGGCGAACUGCGACGAGCAAAAAAAGAGGAGAGUGGCCGACGCGGAGAGAUAAAGGAACGCGUGCGUGCACGCACGAGCGAUACGCGGUGUCGCGAGUCGAUCGCCCGCGAACGCACGACGCAAUCGUCGAUCGAGACGUAAAUUUGCUCGGAGGAGGAGGAGGAGGAGGAGGAGGGUGGCCCCGGAGGAGAUCGACAGCUGACAAAACACAUCGUCGACUUACCGGAGAAUCGCGGGGGAAAAGGAAGCGACGGCCGCUCGACGCGAUGAUAAGGCGAUAACAAAGGUGGCGGCGAUAUCGCGAGUGAUGACAAGCCGAUCGAUGAGAGACUCCUUCUCGCUGAGAGACGAGAUGAGACGUGCGCCUGCCACGUGUCGCGCGCGAUAAAUCGACAAGGACUGUACCGAUCGGCCGUGCGAUCGCAACCCCCGGCGGCUUCACUCGUUGUUCGCGUGACGCACGAAGGGGAUGAAGAUGAACGACGUCAAGCCGGAGAGCAGCGGCGCGUCGAUUUCGCCGGCGGGCGGAAACAAUAAUAAUAAUAACAAUAACAGCAUCAGUGGUAACGGAAAAGCGUCGGCAACGGCGGCGGCGGCGGCGGUCGCCGCCGCCGCGACGGUGGCCGCGAAUGGCGGCGAGGGGAUCAGCGCCGCCGUCGCCAAGGUUCUCCAAGGAUACGACUGGACCCUGGUACCCGUUGCUACCAAGGGCUCCGGCGACAAAAGGGCGGCUCACGUCAAGAGGCCCAUGAACGCGUUUAUGGUAUGGGCGCAGGCUGCGAGGCGGAAACUGGCCGAUCAGUACCCUCAGCUACACAACGCCGAGCUGUCGAAAACGCUGGGAAAGUUAUGGCGGCUCCUGUCCGACAAUGACAAGAAACCGUUCAUCGAGGAGGCCGACCGCCUGCGCGUUAUUCACAAGCGCGAGCACCCCGACUACAAGUAUCAACCCCGACGUCGGAAGCAGAACGGGCCAUCUUCCGGCCGCGAGAGCUCGCCCACGAGGAGCCAGAGCAACGUGACGUUCAGCGUAACUAGGUCGUUGAAGCAGGAGGACAUGAGUCCCAGAGGCGUUCAAGGACCCAACUCACCGCAGAGCGGCGUGAGCUCUUCGCCACCCACGACACCGAGUCAGGGUCUCUCGCCACCGACACCCCCGACGACACCCAGGGGACAGCACUACAUCAAUCAGAGCAAUCAGCUUCCGCAGAACAACACGGUGUACUACCAAGAUUUGGUCAACGGCACGGCGUCGAGCGAGUCCUCGCAUCAGCAGCCGUCGGUUGAUCUCCGGUACAUUGAGGUCGGAGACGGCCUCCCCAGCGAGGAGAACCAGUUGAACGGCCUCGGCACUCUGGGCGGGCUCGGUCUGAAUCUCCCGGUGAACUUCCAGGAGUGCGAGGUCGAGAGCAACGAGCUCGACCAAUACUUACCGCCUCAGACCACGCCGAUACAUCAGUACCCGCCUGUGCAAGUCACCACCGCCUCGCAAUGGUUACUCAACAGAUACGAGGAAGAGGUCGAGAGACCGAUCAAACGCCACUGCUCGGAGCAAGCGAUCACGGAGAUGUCGUCAUGGGAGGACAGGACUCAGGAGAUGGUCAGGUAUCACGAGCUGCAACCUCCCCUUCCGCCGGUCCAGUAUAUAUCCGCCCAUAACGCGCACCAUUCGCACGCGAGUACGCAGAUGGCUCAUCCUCACGUGUCCACGCCCUACGCGCAAUACGCGCAUCGCUACGUGUCCGGCAUUGAGACGUGGCCGAAUUAUAUGUAGACCAAAGCGAGGUAAACGCAUCCCAAUUAUUUUUCGUUCCGCGAGUGCCUACCUAUAAGCAUGCGAAAAAAGAAUUCGCGUAGAGACCGUCCUGGACCUGCCGCGAAAUAUUCGAAAGAUUCAUAGAACCCGGCUUGGAACUUCUCUGGCCGAGAAAAAGACGCCAUUAUGUAGUUUUUAAUUUUUCGCUAUUGAAUAUGUCACGAAGGCCAAAGUCGUAAUUAUUGAAAUUAUCCUGAAAUCAUUUGAGAAGCGAAAACUGAUUUUUACCUACAAUUUUUACAAUUUUUUCACGCAAAUAAUCUUGUGUUUAACGAUAUAAGCUAGAUUUCUUAAAAACUGAGGAAAGACGACGCCGAGUUUCUUUGUCUGUGUAUUUCACGACGGAGUCAGGAUAUCCUGUAGAUAACGGCGCUGCUAAAGUUAUGUACGAAAUGCGUCGCGUAAAAUAAAGAAAGUAAAAAAGACUAUUUUGUUACAUCGACUUAGUUGCUUAUAAAUAAAAGUGAUUGUAUAAAAUGAAUUGUGAUCGGAAUUUUUCGCCGCGGUGUUAAAUCCCCGCCGAGUUUCCGGGCAUACAGAGCCCCAGAGAUAGCCAAAUGCAACAUAAUUUUAUAGAGAUUUACCCUAUUGAUAGUGCGCGAAUUGAUGCGCGGCUAAACGCGAGCUUCGUGUGAUAAAGUAAUUAGUGUAACGCAGGUAUUUUGAUUAUCUAUUCGUUUUGACGAUAUUGCGAAUUUGUUUAAAAAAAGGAGAGAUAGAAUAUUAAGGAAUAUAAAGAAAUGCCGAUACAUAUAAAAGCUAUACAUAUAUGGCUUCGAGACUUCAAGGAAGAGUGUUAUCACUCUAAUACCGCAAUUUUGAUAUCGCGAUAAUUACGUGCAAAACGCUUGCGUAAUAUCCGUCUUAAAUAAACUAAAAUGUGGUAAAUAAAAAGGAGUUUAUUGCAUCGGAAUAAAACGUUUCGAAAAAUGUAAAGAGCAUAAUAUAAAUUUUAUAUAAUAUUGUGAACACUUUUCUCUCUCUCUUUCUCUCAGAACCGAUUAUGUUAAAAUUUAUUAUAGACAUAUUUAUUAGAGAUACUCAAGUCAGAGUCUGGCGGAAUCAAAUCGUUUUUCUUUACUUUUUAUUUCUAUUUUUUUUUUUCGAUAUUUAGUUGUAAAUUUUUUUGCAACUUUAUAAGAAAAAUCCCUGCAAACUGCAUGUUAUACUCUUGUUGAAAUUUGACAUCUUCAGAAGAGAUCGGAUUUCCUUCUUCAAAGAAUCGAUUAGAAUCAAACCAUCGUAUGGCGUGUCAUUCGUCAAUAUUCUAGUUCGUGUGAUUUGAUGAAAAGAAAAUUAUUGUUGAUAAUAAUAUCAUUUAUUAACAACAAUAAACUUUAUUAACGGCAUCGAUUGUAGCUUGCAAUCCGAGAAUCGCGAGCGCGCGCACGCUAUGUGCUUCUCGCUCGACGCGAAAAUGGCGGAUUGGCCAUUCUCCGGCUUGAGAGUCUCUACUACGUGGACGAGGCGCGGCCACGAUACUCACCAUGACAUCAUUCCAUGACAGCCGGCCAUUCCAAAGCGCAGAAUUUCAGGCCAAACAAACAGGCGGCCGCUCGAUAUACGAUGUGCUUAACGGCGCGAGCGUUCCAAAUGUAAUUUUAUAUAUAUAAUACUUGUAUAUGUAUAUUACGCAUAAUUGUAUAUGUAUAUUAUGCACGCGGACGCUAUAAACUGGCGAUCGGCCGGUCGGCUCGCCGCACGUUCUGUUCAAAUAAACGGCUGAAAUACGACCGAGGGUGGCAACAAAUGUGCACUUGGCGCUUUCCGUUUAACUUAGGACCGAGAAUAUUUCGGGACCCGGAAUUCGCGCGCGGUCGAGAUACGAUCGUAUUCGUGGCAACAAAGGAUUUCGCGAUCGGUGGAGUUAAACUUUAAGAGUUGAGUUUUGCAAACUAGACAGGUUUCGAUGGUUUCUCGCAUUGCAAAUUAGAUUAAAAAUGUCGCAUUUUAGCUCGAUCGAAUCGCUCGGCCGCAGAUGACCACGUGUAUCGAGGACCGGCUGGCCUGAUAUAUCGAGAGCGCUUUUGUAAUAUUCAGCUAUUUGUAAUAUUGAGCUUGCAGCUCCGUAUUAAAACACGUAGGCCACACAUAUGCUAUACGUUAUUAACAUUUACUAAGUUACUACGCUGACACAGCCGUGCUUUUGUACUUAGAUAUUUAUUCACCGCAUAUUUUUACGAGGAUCGAUAGAAAGCGUAGGUUAACGUCUCGGCGUAGCUGUGUAUGUAAACUGAAGGGCGAGCACUAAACCAUAAUUUAUAAGUGUGAUGUACGCUAAUUUGUAGAAAUAAAACAAGAGACACUAAAAUCUCUGUUUGAAAUUUAAUUAUCCUGUCCUAAUUUCCUAGAAAUUAAGUCGUUAUUUCUUUCAUAUUUUUACAUAUAAAUUAUAUAUUAUUUUGUACAUAAAAAUAUUGGUGCUAUCCUAUUUUAUCAGAAAUUUACUUCUAAAUUAUGACAAUAAAUUAUUUAAAUUCAUAGAUUUAUUUAGGCCAUUUAAUAACCAAUGUGUUUUAUUAUUAAUAUAGUUAUUAAUAUAAUUACUAAAUAUUUAGUUGUAUUAAUCAAACAUUUAAUUAAAGUUAUUUCUUUCCAAAGCUAACUAGAUUACUGCCAGACUCUUUUUUUCGGUGCAUUACGUCUUCAGCUAGUCUGGAAACAAUUUCUCAACUUAGAUUCUUAAAGAUAAGAAUUUCAUACUAAACGGUUAGGCAAAUCCAGGCGAAUUCGCAGGACCGUGCGACCAAGGCCAACACAUGGUGCCUUAUCUUUUUCGUCUCCUCGUAUGAUAUUUGCAACGAUAUACGCUUAACGAAAUGAAAUAGUACGCGGACUAGGUCACACGCGGUAACAACACGCCUCAAAUAUUUGUUCGAGCCCUUUACUUCCACCUUUUUAAUGGCCCAAAAACCGCGAACGGACCAUUCUCUCGGUCGAGCAAACAAGGGGCUUAUCGAAAUCCACCCGAGGGACGUGGGAAAUGUCGCGACUUUAUACCACUUAUCCUAAGAGAUUAAAAAUAGAGAAGGUGCACGUGUAUUUCCGACACGCCGACAACUCGACGGAAAUUAUCGCUUAGUUUAGAAUUUUGAAAAUUCGAGAUUUAAAUUAAAUCAUAUUCCAUUUACAAAUAAUUCACGUAUAUUAAUUCUAAGCUUACUCUAUAAUUUUAUUUAUCUGAUAAAUAUUAUUUAUCAGAAACGACACGCUCGAAAUUCCUCCUGUAUAUAUAUGCAAGUGUUAUUAUAUUUUCCUUAAUCCGUUUGUAUUAUAAUAUAAUUUUAAUCUCUCUGUUUUUCUGCUGAGUUAUGCCAAGUUUAGAGCUAAAUUUAGAGCGGGCGAUGGUGAAAACAAGCCGGUAACUCGCGGCGAUCGUUCGACGAUGGGUUUCGUCGGUCGGUUAGACCGACUCUCGACUUUUUUUCUCCUCGUCAUCUCUCGGCGAAAGAGGAGACCGAUGAGCUUGACGAGAGUCAGCCCUUCCAUCCCGCCGUAUCAUCGUACGGCCGUCUGAUUUUUUUUCCCCGCGCGUCGUUGUCAGACAUCGAGAUUUCGAUAAAGCGCCGACCCAGUGUGGGCAACGGGCACGGAACACAAACGACGGAAACGGCACUAUUUUCUUGACCCCUCGACACGAUAGAAUUCCAUAAAAGGGACGAGGAGGAAAGGAGAAACAAUCGUGGCGCAAACGCGCGACAGUACCGCCCAUUGAAGUAUACGCUGGCAGCUGGGUGUCGGAAAGAGCCGCCAUUUAUACGCUUUAUCUAUUUUAAUUUCGUCGCGUAUAUACAUAUAUAUAUAUAUGUAUAUAUAUGUGUAUAUUCGAUUUACUGGAAGGCGGUCGUUCUUUAACAUCGAACGACUUCCGGGUGCUAGUUCCUGGAACUCAUAGAAUGUCGAUCUCGAUAUAAAUACAUCCGUAACUCUUUUUUUUCUCUCUCUUCUUCCUUCCCUCUCUACGUAUUUUAACAAUAAACUUCAAUAGGCUGUGGUUCACUUGCCUCGAAGCAUUUUAUAGACCCAUUGGAACAAAGAACUUUAUGAAUUGACGAACCAAAGAAAUAAUGUUUAGAAGCAAUGUAAUGUCAAGUAUAUCUUAGUCUAAAGUAAACUUUAUAACAAGAUGUCUAAAAAUGUAUUAAGAAAUUUCGUCAACAGAAAAACAUAAAUUAUUAUUUUUACAAAAACUCGCAAGUAGUAUUUUCUCUGAGAAUUAUUUCGAUCAAAUUACAAUUAAUUUAAUCGGUUAAUUCAACAAUAAAAUUGUCCAAAGCAAAAAUUUUGAUGAGAAUUAUUAAUGUUAAAUAUAUACGAAAUAGAUAAAGCAUGAAUGUUUUUGACCAUAUCUGUAAAAUAUCUCGCCAUCGCAUUGGCUUGUAAAAUUUGCAUAAAAAGGCGUUAAUCGACUAGAUUUAUGUUUUUCAUGGACACGCCGCCUUCAUUCGAAUACAGGACAUUUCCCUCCUGCGAUGGAGGGGAGGAUACAAAACUCGGGCCGAUCGAGUGCGAUGACAUUUCGUACGCUAAAUAAAUAUUUGAGCGAGCACGAUAGUAUGUCGAUAAAAUUUUCGACAGUUCGGGCAUUCAGCGUCCCGCGGAAUAAAGAGUUGUAAACCCUUACAGCUGUUCCAGAUUGUGCUACGUUUUAUCGGCCAGUUAUAUCCUUCUUUACUAUCUAUCCAUUCAUCGAAAUCUCGCCUCGCGGCACGCCAUUGUGAUCGCGGGACAGUCUUGGGGGCCAGACGUGAGUUCCGUCGAUAUUUCUGGGCGAAAAAUUCAUCACGAAGUCGCGCGACACGAAACCACGCGAGAAUCGUCAUCGCGUUUCGUUACUUCGUAAAUUCUCUAAACUUAGAAUUAUUAUCUACUGUCAAAAAAAAAAAAAUUAUCGUUCAUCGCGUAAAAAAUAUCUGGCGUAAAUAAAAUUGGACUCGCACAAAGAAAAGCUUUAUUACCUCGAAACUUUACUUAAUGAAUUUAAUGCCGUUCCGCGUUUCUCCUGACUUCGAUUGAGAUAUCUUGUAGAAAGAUUUACGGGAUCGCGAUGAGACUUGCAUCUCGAUGAUUCAGUAUACGUAUAUACACACAUAUAUACAUAUGCAUACAUACCUAGUAGAUAAGGAAGGAUCGAAGAGCUUAUCAGCUGACACGACGAUAGCUCUAAUUAGCGCGGCAAUUAGGCCGUUUUAAGAAUCGCUCUGAAUGGACCACGGAGAGAUAAGUUUCGUCCACUUGUUCGUGCUAAAAUUAUCAAUUAAAUUCGCCGAGAAAGUCGCGACGCAGUCGUUUUCCGAUCGCUGACAAUGAUACUCGUCGUUGUUCCUCGCACGGGUAGGAGCGCGGGGAGGUAAGGCGAAGUCGCGAUCGUCCGGCAAUCUAAUCGGCCGCCCUUUCGGUACACACUUAGAGGACCCCACCAUGGCACGUGUGAAACUAGACGAGGCCACAUACCCAUAGAGAAGACGAAGGGCCGGUCUACCGCGCGGUCAACAGCAAGUUAAACACGAGUAGCGGCGUUUAUCGUGGCGUUACCAUGGUAAUUACUGCGGGUAGAUAUCGAUAAACCAUGCACCUAGGUACAUAGCGGGGUGUCGAUACAAGCUUUUUAUCAGGAAGGACCAAAAGGGGUUCGCGUCCAGGAAUUUUAAUCUUCGCAUGGCGCGUCAUGUUCUUUUUCAAAUGAACCCCGCGCGACACAUGUCUCGCUACAAUUCGCUACUUAGUUAGCACUGAUUAUCCAUUAUGAGGAUCGAUGAAUUGUAAUGGCACAUUUUGCGAUCUGACUGAUGCCCUGAGAGCUCGCCAUUUCGAUGAAAUUGUGAUACGCUUCUUCGUCCCGGCGGCUGAUAUCGCCUGCUCUCCCUCGGCGUCCGUCCUCGGCGCGGUACAUCUUAAUUGCCAGCGGCGAGUGAAGAUAAUUGGCAUUUGGCAGCGAGUGAUCCGCGAUACGCUUAUGGCAGUGACGGCGGCACGGCGGUUCUUCUUCUCGGAAAGAAGUUCGUCUGUUUGUACGUUUUAUAAGUCUUGAAUUUACCGCAGGCCUCUUCUGCGCCGAGGAGACUCGCGGCCGCGUCGUCUUCUUCUUCGUCCAGCGUCGAUGGCAGAUACGACGGGAGACGCCGUCUGAAAGACGGGGGACGGCCUCCUCCUUCUUCUCCUUCUUACCCCUUAGCCACUCUCGCACUUCGCUUCUUUUUCCUUCAUUUUUCUACGCGGACGGUUUUCUCCACGGCACUUACUGACGUCGAUGAUGCAUUAACGUAAUUGCGUUUGCGUCCCAUUCGCGAGAUAAGACGAGAGAACCCGAAAACUUACUCCUUCCCCCUUUCUUUCAAGUUGAAAAUUCGAGGCCGCUUCGGAGAUUCGUGCAGCUCUGUAUAAUCGUGGUCGUCUACCGAAGUUAUUUGUGGUAUCUGUGCUGUGUCACAGAUUUACUUAAUGUAACUAUAUGCCCUAAUUUACAGGAAGAAUGAAGAUGUGUUUGCCAUUUGAAAGAAUCGUAUUCGGAUUUGUAGAAGUACGACGAUCUGUUUGUUCAACAGGAUAAUCGCGAUAAUAUAUUUGUAAAAAAAUAUUCGAUGUUUCCUGUGAUCGCCUAAUAAUAAACUAGUCUUGAUUCAUUUGCCUAGCAUUUAUCUGUAUAUUUUAGAUUACGUCAUAUUACGUGAAUGUUUAAAAUUGCAGAUAAAGCAAUCAUACGUGUAAGCUAGAACCCUUCACAAUCUUCUCUCAUUUCAUCAAGCAUUUGUAAAUGUAAUGUGUCUUUUUUUUCUUUGUAAAUUCUUUAUUUUUUUCUGAUUUGCGAUCCCCUCAAAAUAUUCCGUUAACAUUUUCUGACUAUUUACAAUUUUAAUUUCGUUUGCGAUUCGCUCGUUAUGUCGCUCUUCGAAAGAAUUUCCUGCGAAGGGAUUUCGUUAAUUUCUGCACCUCUGAUCUGAAAACAGUGGAUCGCAACAGGCAGAAAAAACGUUUGACGCCGCGACGUCACCUAAGGUGGAGGAUAAGAGGAAGAAGUGAGCGGAGAGCCCGAGGCCUUCUGCACUGUCUCAAGCACUCUCUUCGUGAGUGACUCUCGACUGGUAUGGCUGACAAAGAGCGAGUAUCCACCAGUAUAUCGAGGUACUAGAGCCACCAUGUGCGUACGGGCGUACCCCGUGAAUACUAGCGGCUUAGCUCGCACUAAAUGAAUAUUCGCGCUAUCGUCCUGGCCUUUCAACGUUCCGGCAGGAAUCGCGACAGACGAUGUCGAGUCUCUUGGAGAAUCGGAAUGCUCGAUGUGAUGACAUCCAACAGCCUCGAACGACGGGAAACGGAAAGAAAGGGAGACGAAAAUGCACAAAUGACAGACGAAUAAACGAUUAUUUUACUAAAUUGUUGAAAGGAGAUUAUCAAUUAUCGCGCAGCUAUCGUCGGUUACCUUCGCCGGUAUCGGAAUAGUUAACGGGUGACGUUUAUGUGCCGCCGAGGGUUUUAACUCUUUUUCUUUUUCUUUUCUUCUCGUUUUCUUUUCAAUGGGCAACUUUGACGAACCGUAAAACCGUGACCGUACUAGGUACGUCUCACUUCUCAGGCCUGAUUUUAAGAAGCUUUUGAAAUUCGAGACGUGAUACCGACACGUGGCGCGAUAUCUUCCGAUUCGUUUCGUGUACGAGCCCUUAUUGGAGCAAAGUUCUUUGAUAUUAUAAGCAAUGGAAUGAUGGUGCCAUAAAUUUAAUAAUCACUCUCUCUCGAAGAUUUAACAUUCGGUGUCCUACAAGCCAUAAUCGUCACUUUUCACGAACGGAUAAAGAAAUCUGUCAGUUUCUACUUUUUUUUUUCUUAAAUUACGCAGAUAAACGCAAACGUUUCUUCGCGUGGACAUCCAAACGAUCGAGCAAGAAGAGGGAAUUUCUAUCGGAAGUCGCGAUGAAAAACUGCUGCGAUAACGGUCGAACACAAUAAACUGACUCCCCACUCAGGUCGCUCAGUGGCGACUGAGACUAAUUGCGGCUCCGAUUACAAUGUCCUCGGCUAUUAUUAUAAUUUAUAACUCGGUAUUGUUAUUGCGCGCGAUCACGUUAUCGGCGAUGUGACGCGCGCAUGCCUCUCCAUCGUUGAAGCCAACGAACGAGACCUGGUCCAAGAAUUGAGAAGUUGUUGGUCGACGUUUUAUGACCUAAAUCCUUUGUCUUGAACUUAGAGGGAUAGAAAGCCCUGUCGGUUUCGAAGUUAAAAGCUCAAUUGUUGUCAAAGGAAUUAUUAGCGUGGCCUAAAAUUCGUAAGCGGUUAAUCAUGAUUAUAUUUUGUCGAUUCUAAAUUGUUUUUUAAAUAGAAGUAGAAAGCCCGUGGCUUAGAAAUGAGAAAUAUAUAUUUUUAAACAUUAUCUCGAUUCUUCAAUUAGCUGUAACACUUCCAACGUAAUUUGCAUAAAAAGUUAAUCAGGUUAAAUAUAAACUGACUUACUGCUACUGUGAUUGCUAAAAAUAAAUGCGUUUCGUUGACGUCAAGUGAAACUAUAUAACUGUUUGAUUGUUAUAAAAAAAGGGAUUAAAAGAAAUCAUCUGAUUAUGAUAUAUCUUACAACUUCCACAUUAAACAAAUAAAGUUUGCAAUUAGAUUGUUCGCUGCUAAAUAAAAUAUCAUAUAUAUAUAUAAUAAAAAAGUGCCUAUGUUGCAGCAUCGACAUUAAUGACGAGUCAUCGGUGAUUGACCCCUUUGUGGACCUCACGCAUGCUACCGCGAUAACUGGGAACCGAUUCGACGGGAAUUGGAGUGGAAAAAGAUUAUGGAGAUUCCACAAGCUUUUUGGUCCGGUCGUGACGAAUUGGCACGAUUAUGCAACCAAACUGGGUUCACGUGGCCGGUUAAAAAGUCUGAUGCACUAUCGCAGGGAGGGAGGGAGGGAGGGAGAGAGAGAGAGAGAGAAAGAGAAAGAGAACGAGGUGAAUGAUAUCGGAAUCUCUAUCGAGUUCGACGCGGUUUCAUCAAAGGUUUUUAUCGUUGUCCCGUACGCGAGCUUUCCCCGGUUUCCUCGCUCCCUCGGUGGGAAAAAAACGGAGACUUAUCACCGUCGCAUUGUCUGCGAGAGUGAUAGAGAGGUCUUUUGGGGUCAUGUUGCAAGAGCACGAUGCCGGGACGCGGCGUUGCUGAACAGACGCGACAGCAGUCCUGAGUACAGCACAGGAAAGCCUCCCGCGAUUUUGCUUAUUCAUUUAAAUAUCUAAAACGGUAAAUUGCAGGUGAUUAAAAAAUAAUAAUAAUUGCUUCUCAUUGUACGAUUAAUACAAGCGAAUUACAUAUCAAUUUCGUCUUAAUCACCUGCUAUUUUGUAAAAUAACAUAAAUAACUUAUUAAGUAACUUGUACGAGAUAAACGGAAUUUUAUACGAACAAUAGAAACAUUAAACAAUAUUCGAGAUUCUUUUUGAAGUAACUUUUUGAAACUUAAAUUCCGUAUAGAAUAUGUUAGAAUAAUUUAGAUGUUUGAAUCCAAUUGACUGUGAAAUUGUUGAAGGAAUUUCUUUCUUCGUCGACCUUAUACAUUAUACUUAUACUUUCUAAACAGCCAGCGUCGGAAAAUGAAUCUUCCCUCGUACAAAACGGUCGCCUCUUCCGCGUUUCGCUCGCGAAUUCCGUCGACUGCGAGCAGUCAUAAAUUUAUUACCCGCCUCGGCCACCCGCCACGGCCGUGGUCCUCGGAGCACGCAGAGAGGACGAAGGCGAGAGCGUAGCCUUAAGGCGGGACUUUUUGCUCGGCACACAUGUGGCCGGCUAGCGGCGAUUCGGGCUCGAUAAAAGCUCGGGUCCGAGAUGACGGCUGAGAAAGAGACGGAAAAAGGAUGAUGAGGAGAAAGAAGAAGGAGAAGAGCCGGCUGGACCUCGCUGUUCGCCAACUUGAGCGAAUCGCAUGUGCGAUGGUGCGCACAUCCGCGAGCUCGGACAGAGGAGAGAGAGAGAGAGAGAGCUACGUGCGUACGCGUGCAUGCAGUGCAUUAUGCACGUGCAUCGCUUGCUGGUCAGCGAUGGCGGACCGGCCGCAGCUAGCAAAAAGCGCUAGCUCUCCCUUACGUUCAGUGUGAGAAUGAGCGCGGUUAUCGAUUACGCGCGACGGAGUGCGCGAUGCGAUUCAUUAACCCUCUUCGUGGACCCUACGUCGAGGUAGAGCGGACUUUUUUUACAGAACGAACAUUUCUGCAAUUUUCUUAAAUUUGUGUAGAGCUUCAAUUUAAAGCCAAUUUAAACUUUAAUUCAAUUUGACUUUUUAACUAUAAUAAUUUUGAUCAACUUAUUUUGUAUAAUAAAAUAAAUUAAUAUUUGGAGGGAAUCUAAUAGUCGUUUUCUUUUAAAAUACAGAUCGAUAUUGGUGCUUAUCGUUUUCUAGAUAGGUAUCUUUGGAAAUGAGAGAAAAUUAGAAGGAAAACUAGUCGGUUAACACAUUUGGGGCAAUCACGAUUUAUUUAUGCCCUGCACUUGCGAGUUUCGGUUGUCAAAGUGACAUUCCUCGACUAUGGCGAUUAUGUGAAGGAGAGGGCUACAAGUGGUUAUUCUCGAUACGAAGGAGAAUUUACGAGUUUUAAAAAAAAUCGUAUCGGAUUGUUUUUACGAUAUACGCUCGAAAAUCUCUCCGUGAUGACGACGACGAUGAUCGUAAAAGUCAUUCCGAUUUCGCCGUGAAGAAUUUUGGGACGAUAGAACGGAAAUUUGAUUCGAGUGCGGUUUCGGAAAAGUAUCCACGGCGCCACCUAAUUAUUCAAUCUUAUAUAACCAGUUUUAUAUUUUUUAACAUCGUUUCUGAGAAAGCCUAUUUAUUUCAAUUAUAAUCCCGAGUAAUAAGUCGCUUAUCGUAUAUACGAUCUCGUCGUAGAGAUCGAAUUGCGCCUAUAGUAAUAUUUAUAUCUAUCUCGUAUAUAUAUAGCUUGGGAAAUAUUGGUUCGAAUGUCAUUAUAAAUUAUUGGCAAACUAAUUUUUCAUUAUCUUUCAUUGCAUUAACCUCGUGAUUUCUCUUGCUAGUAUUACGUUGAUAAGAAAAUAUAGUAAAAUAAAUAACUUUUAAUUCUAAAACAUUUAGAGUUUUGCGAAAGGAUUUCUAAUUGUUCUCGGAUUAGAAGUAGCUCUCUCUCUCUCUCUCUCUCUUUCUCUCUCGGUCGAAAUCUAAAGUUUCUCGGUUAUGCUAGAUCAGAGAAUAUUUUCCAGGCCCUCACGUUUACGAUGGCAGAUCGUGCCCCGGUGGCACGCUCCGAGUCGCGAGCGGUCAUAAAACAGCGAGGCCUUGUUUCGUCUAAUAGCUCAAAACAUCGUCGCCAAGGGUUGGCCAACGAAAAAGUGCCACCACCUCGCCCACAUCGUCUCUCUACCGCUCGCCUCCGUCAUCCCGCGCCACCGCGCCGAUAAAUUUCCUCGCGCGCUUGUCAAAACGUUGGUGGGACCAUAAAUUUCGCCCGGUCCCGAACCGGAGCGGGUUAUUAACGCGCGACCGACAUUUCGCGGCCGCCAACGACCCCCGCAAUAGCGUUUCCCCCCCGUACCGGCAAUGGCUAGGUCACCGACGGCGAAACACAAGCGGCACAUCGUAUAUCACCCCGGCCUCUCCAAUUUGCCAGGUAAUUUUUAAGAGACCGCCGCCGCCGUUGCCGCCGCACGCAGCAGCUUCCCUUUACCCGGAAAACAUGACGAAUCGCGCGACAAAUCUUUAUUGUCGAUGACGUCAAAAGAAUUUCGUUUAAAAUAACGUGCGCGUUAAUAUAUAAUUAUAACAAUAUAUAUAUAUAUAUAUAACAAAGCGCAAGGAGUACGAGAAAUAGAUUCGUUAAAAUUACAAUUGGCAUUAACGAUCCGACAAAACUCCCGACAAUCGCACUGUCGAUGUCGCUUUGAUAUACGCGAGUCGCGUUUCACCGCGAUUUAAUUCGAAAGUUAUACACUAGAGAGAGGAAAGAGAACCGAGAAGAGCGGCGUGCGCGUCCUCGAGGAAUGCGAAGGAUGCGCCCCACGUUCAGAGAAGCCGAAUUUGUCCGGCUCGAGGACCUAGGCAGAGCGUAAGGACUCCGGCGGCGGGGCCUCUUCAGGCCUCGAGGACACUCCUCGCGCGUUUCCUCGAGCUGUCUGUCACGCCGGCCUGACGCGCGCGUUGGAAGGGUUCCCCCAAAGUGCCGGUGUGUGAUACGUCGAAGAUCCCGGCGCGCUCGGUGCUCGUCGGGGGCUCUCGCUGUCGCGCGAGAGCUAGAGGAGCGUCCGACGGACAUCGUAUAGAGUUUCCUGCCGCUCGCGUCCGGCUGCUUUCCGUCAAAAAGGCCCACGAUACCGCGCCUACGGGACUUUUUCUUACGUUCGGCACCGUUUGACACUCGAUAGCGCCAGCCCGGCCUAUUAGCCCGCGCAUUAGAAGGAUCUACUACGCAACGCGCACGUACGUACCACCCGUUCGCUCACAUGUGCUCGCGCGCAACGCGUAUGCGUACGGUAUGUAAAGAUACGAUGACGUGGGCAGAGAGGGAGAGAGAAAGAGAGAGAGAGACAUGGUGCGCACGAGAUGCGAUGUGCCGAGGCAUUCUCCUUCUUCUCUCUUCCUUUGCUCUCCCUCCUCUUCUUCCUCCACUUCUUCUUCUUCUUCUCAUGGCUUCGAGGAGUCGUUUCUUGCCGCCGUCCAUCCGUCAGAUACGAUCUUUCCCGUUUGAUAAAUCACUACCGGAAAUUCCGACAAAAACGCACAUCUCGCUCUCCCUCUCCCUUUCGUUCGCGCUCUAAAUGUUUAAUUGGCGAGCGCCGGUUAGAGCGUGCUCUUUUCCCCCGCGAGGAAAAACGACGCUUUCAAUUAGUAAUCGCGGUUCUACCUGCGUUUUACAUCGAAUCGUUUCCGCUUACAGUAUACUAUAUUUAAUAUAUCCUGUAUGCGAUAUGUAGUACAAGAGAAUCUCUUAAAAAAAAAAGUACGUUAAAAUAUAUGUACAAAGUAUCUUAAAACUUAAAAUUAUACGCUGCUUUCGUCUUCGCUCUUCGAGAUUAACGCUGUCGCGAUUUGUUCUGUUGAGACUCGAACGAAAUCAGCUUUCACAAUGAUCUCAGAAUUUUAUAUCUAUCUGUCAGUUCAUUGUGAAAACCAGUUUCGUUUUAAUUGCCGGCGACGGUUCCGAUUUCAUCGUAGCUCGCAUCAUCCAAUCGUGGAUAUAACAUCGUCCAAUCGUGAAGCAGGAAAAGUAGUAUUCUAAGAAACAUAAUCACAAGUGAUACAUAAGUUAAGACAUGUAUAAUUGCUUAUUGCUAGCUUAUUGAUUUUUAAUAACCGUCGUUUGCUACAGGAACACAUUUUAACAGGCGUCCACUUUCCACGUCGUCAACGAUCCUGAAAACAGAAGAGGACAGAUUAGUUCCAACGGACUCUGCGUUGAAGAGGAACGUAAGCGUAAGAAAAGAGGAGAAAGAAGAAGGGUGGUUGCGCUCUCUUCUUCUCUCGCUGCGCUCUGCUCGCGGCUUUCACUUCUGCGGAUUUUUCAGGCGGGGCGCGACCGACCAAACGGCCGAUGUGCCUAAGAGAAAGGGAAGACGUUCCUACCGGGGCCUCGAAUUUCUGUGAACGUCCUAAAAUAACAGGCAGACGUGUGCCAGACGUCGUCGAAAUUUGUAAUUUCGAGAAUCGGUCACCCUGCCGGGGAACAUCCCUGCCCUUCCCGUUGUUCCUUUAUGCUUUGAACUGCCUCUUGGGGGAGGAUGGGGCAUACGGACGAUACAUUUGUUACGAGAGAGGGAUACACUCAAAGGCCUUGUUUCCCCAUAAAUAACUAUUGCGUCCUCGGCUUUGUCACGUGUACAUCUUCCAAGGAGAGUCACAAAAAUAUCGUAUUGACUCGAGUGUGCCAA